AGGCAUUUCUUGGACUUGUUUGUCCAUUGAUUUCAUCUGCAGCCCAUUCAGAUAUUACAUUGGAUAUUUGGUGCCAAAACCUUGCAAUGCAAUAUAUUUAAUUCGUGGUUGUAUUUUCGGGCAGGAACUAACAUUUUGCACGUGUACAUCUAUGUAAAAGUAAGCGCCUAGCAUGGAUGACUCGUGCAGUAUAAUUGAUGAUCAUCAUCUCAAUGCCAAGAGAAUAGAUAUCUAUCCCUGUGAUCACCUCUUUCCGACAAUUUUACGUAUUAACUUUGGAGCUUUCGUGACUGCAGGAAUUAUUCUUUGGUUCUUUCGGUAAAGUCACGUAUAUAAAGAAACAAAUUGGUGAUAUCUGUCUGCUUAUAUGUCUGUCUAUAAUUUUUUUCUGGUUAGAUUUUAUGUCGCUAUUUCAUUAUACUUGAUGAUUGCUUGUGUUGCAAUCGAAACGUCGUAUGCUAUUAUUUUUUCUUUAUACGUGACUUUACCGAAAGAAACAAAGAAUAUUUUUUACGUAUUACUGUUUCCAAUGAAGUGCAGUUUCUUCACACUUUAUUUAGAUCACGCGGAGCACUGUAAAGUUGUUUUCGGAAAGGUGUUUGCUUGAGAAAAUAACAUCCGUUAAAGACAUGGACGGCGCUCAAACGGAACUACUGCAUCGUGAUGCGGCAUUCUGCAAUGCUCCAAAGUGAGAACAUUUCGUUGAUGAAGAAGAGUUGACGACUCGAGAUCAUUGCACGCUGCCAACCAAUCAGCACGCGCCCCUUCUUCGCACGUCACGACUCCGCUGACCAGUGAGCGCGCGCUCUGGGCUACAUAAGCCGCCUUCUCCUCCCCGCCUGUGAGAAUCUUUGCCCUCACCAAGCCAUGGCUCGCACCAAGCAGACGGCUCGCAAGUCCACGGGCGGCAAGGCCCCCCGCAAGCAACUCGCCACCAAGGCGGCCCGAAAGAGCGCUCCGGCCACGGGCGGCGUCAAGAAGCCUCACCGCUACAGGCCCGGCACCGUCGCUCUGCGCGAGAUCCGCCGCUACCAGAAGUCCACCGAGCUGCUCAUCCGCAAACUGCCCUUCCAGCGCCUCGUCAGGGAGAUCGCGCAGGACUUCAAGACCGACCUGCGCUUCCAGAGCUCCGCUGUCAUGGCUCUGCAGGAGGCCAGCGAAGCGUACCUUGUCGCGCUCUUCGAGGACACCAACCUGUGCGCCAUCCACGCCAAGCGCGUCACCAUCAUGCCCAAGGACAUUCAGCUCGCCCGCCGCAUUCGUGGCGAGCGCGCUUGAACGCCCAGCUCGGCCCUCAAAGCACAACACAAAGGCUCUUUUCAGAGCCACCACUUACUCGUGAGAAAGCUUCCAUGUGUGUCCUUCAAAGUUCGGGUGCCGGAAACCUUCGUUUGCUGGUCACGGCUCUCACGAGUCGUCAGGCGUAAGCGACAAUGAAGUUCAUUUCUAUACCCCGCCGCUCAUUCUGCAACAUCACACGUUGGUGUUGUGUAUAAGCGUUGUGAAACCAUGUUUACAUAAUGUACAACAAAAGAGUUAUUUUGGUGAAAUGUAUUUUACCUCAGAGUCGCGUGGUGGGUGUGGAGGCCUAGCACCGUGCAGAGCCUCCCGCCUCGCCUGAUUUUGCCACCCGGCUGACGCUGGGUACGGGUGCCGUUUCCCCCCCCCCCCCACCGCGCUACAAUAAUACUGUGUAAUCGCUAUAAUUUAAUAAUCUACCGACCCUAUAAUAGUAAUAGCACACAUUGUGGUGGGGGGGGGGGAGUAAAGAGGACGUGAAACUUAGAUGAAUUUACCUCAGAGUCGCGUGUUAAUGCGUGCGCCUAUUUUUAACGGGAAUUAAAGAUGGCGUCCACCCCGCAAC